AAAUAGCGUUUUAAGAUGCGUACCAAACGGGCCAAUUACGCUCAUUAGGACUUGGCGUUUACUGUUGAAAAAUAAAAGCUCAACACGGACACAAAAUAAAUAAAACGUUAACUAGUAUUACUAAGAGAAUAAAACGUAAGCAAAUAAGUAAAUAUACACACUAACGCUUAACCAAUCAGUUGAAUGUAUUUGUAUGCGUGGCGGAGCACGUCUUUCCUGGAGGCGAGUCACGUGGCUCGAUGGCGUAGCGCUAUUGUCUUCAUGUGCACAGUAGCCAAAAUACUAUUCAUUUCUAAUGAUCUAAGCCUUUAAUGCAUUUUUAAAGCAAAUAUAUGAAAUGCUGCCUCCCCCAGCCGUGCUCCACUUCCUCUGGGAGAUCAAUACAGACCUGGUGAAAGAUGGUGCCUCAGUGCGAACGUAUGGCAGACUUAUAAGUUACGAGCCAGAAGGGUCCAAAGCCGUUCUAGGUGGUCAGCAGUCUUCUGCACAGUGUCAUGUGUCUGUACAAACAACACUUGUUGAACCAUUUCAACCCACUCUCGGAGCUCAGUAUUUUGUUCUUGGUGAAAUUGAAAAGACUGAUGAAUGUUGUGUUGCUUCUCCAGGAUUAAGUGGAGCUAUCCUGCAUGCUCGUGCUUUGAGUAGUGUUGAUGGCAUAGACCUCACAUUAAUGCAAAAGGCCAUUAUGGAACAGAGAUGCUUCUUUAGGGAAAGAAUGCCUGAUAUUUCUGCAAGCUCCCCACUGUGAGCUGUCAUAUGUAUUAAAAAAAAUGAAAUGUGAUUAUUUGAUAAAUAUUUUUUAUUGUUAUGUUUUUAUACAAUUUGAAAGUAUGACUUUGUCAACUUCUCAAAAGACUAUGACAUGUAUUUACAGAAAGUGUGUGUGUGUACAUAAUGUAUGUUUAUCAUAUAGCAGAGGUGAGUAGUUCUUCAGCUGUGUAUUUUGUUACUGUGUACUGUAUGGUAUUAGUUGUAGACUUUGACACCCUAUGAAUAUCGAAUGUGAUUAAGUAUAACAGUUUUUAUUUAUUAAUAAUAAUAAAUUAUAAUAAAUGUUAAUAUAAAAAACACUUUAAAUAAAAUUUUCCCUCCCAAUUUAAUCCUAGUUCUUAGCCAUCUUUAAGAAUCAGCUAGCACUCUCUAUUCUAAUAAAAAAUUCUUUAAAAAAACUUGUCCCUUUUAGACUUGCAUUGUUCAUUUAUUGCUUGCUUCUUUAAAAGAAAUUAUUAAUUUUUCAAUUACUUUAAAAUAAUGCAUACUAUGUUUUGCUGAGACUUGUACAGCACUUGCAAAUUAUUGUUGAUUUUGAUUGCUGCUAUUGCCCUCAUUUGUAAGUUGCUUUGGAUAAAAGCGUCCUCUAAAUUCAAAUGUAAUAAAAUUAUACAUUUGCGCUAUCGCAAAAAUACAUUACAGUUUGUGUGCUGCCAUUCAUAUGCCUGCAAAUACGUUUGAUAACACUCUUGAAUUAUGUGUUUAUUUAAUUUAGUAAAAACAGAGUAAAUGUAACAAAAAAGAACAAAAGUCAUUCAUUGCCAUUUUAAUUAUUUUGAUUCUUAACAGCAGUUUUAGAAAGGACAGAAAAUGUUAAAGACAUAAAUAAAUGUAUAAUGACUUUUAAUCAGAAAUUGCACUUCUGGCCCAUCAUACCAAGCAAAUAAAAAAAGGCUAAUUUAUUUUCCACAUUUGGUUUCGGAUAAAUAUUUCUUGCAUUUAUGUGUUAUAAUAUUUUGCCCCGUUACAUAAUGUAAAAAAUAAAGUACAUAUAAGAAUCUCAGCAGUUUAAAUGACAGUAUUAUGUUAUUAUUCUGGUCCAUCACUGGCAGAUUUUAUAGCACCUGAGAUUUACAGCAUGUUGUAUUACAGUAUAGAUAUAGACAGUAUAAUUAGUAUAUAGUACAGAAUAAAUCUUAACAUUUUCAUAUUAAGUUUGUCUAAAGCUUGUCUAAACAUAUUUAAUAUUAUACAUUAUAUCCUGAUUAUCUUAAAAUCUGAAAAAACAAUAGUUGACUCUUCUUUUUCCGAUGUUUGGAUUCCUUUGUUUAGAAUAGAUUUUUUUUUCUUUUAACUCUUAAUGAAUACAUUGCAAUUAUAAACUGGUGUGUUUACAUUUUUCUUAUGUGAUAGAGUCUACAGCAUUAUUAUAACCAAGGAAAUUAAGUUAACAGUGCAGAAACUUGAUUGAAUUACAUAUUUCGUAAAUCAAUGAGACUAUCAGUG